CCCACCAAGACCACCAUAAAAGUUCCAACUACCAUCCGGAGCCGCGCGCGAGACCGCAUUAACUCCAGGGCGACUAUCAGCUAGGGUUCUCCGCCGGCCUCGCGGGGUGUUGGGUGGGGUGGGGGCUCGCGAUGUCGACGCCGGCGGACGGCGCGGCCUACUGGCUGCGGUGGCAGGUGUUGGUGUGCGGCGCGGUCAUCGCCGUGCCCACGGCGCUGGCGGCGGCGCUGCUGCCGCGGCUGCGGAGGUCGGCGGCGCCGCUCCGCGCCACGGACCUCUGGCUCCCCUGCUGGCCCCGGCUCCACCCGGGCUGGCUCCUCGGCUACCGCGCCUUCGCGCUCGCCGCCGCCGCCGCGCUCCUCGUCCGCGACAUCGUCCCCCACGGUCCCAGGGUCUUCUUCUUCUACACCCAGUGGACCUUUUUAUUAGUCACCAUAUAUUUCGCGGUUGCAACUGCCAUAUCAGCUCAUGGAUGUUGGUCGUACUCAAAGAAAAGCUUGAGAAAAACUGAUGAAUAUGGCGAUGUUGAAAAUCGUGACCUCUCCACUUCUAUUUCUGGUGAGAGGAAAAAUGAUGAGAUAGACAAGAUGGCAAGCUAUUAUGAACAAAUAGCAAAUGAGAAAAGAGCUGCUUUCUGGGGACGUUGUAUGCAAAUCAUCUACCAGGCUAGUGCAGGAGCGACAAUGUUGACUGAUGUCACAUUUUGGGGACUCCUUGUGCCAUUCUUUUACCGUGAUAAGUUUGGGCUUUCCAUGGUCACUGAUGGCAUGCACUCUGUUAAUGCUGUUCUCCUACUCAUAGACACACUUCUCAACAAUAUGCCUUUUCCCUGGUACCGGAUCGCUUUCUUCGUAUUUUGGAGUUGCUCCUAUGUGACCUUCCAGUGGGUCAUUCAUGCUUCCGGAGCUUUAUCCUGGUGGCCUUACCCGUUUCUCGACCUUGCAUCGCCCGGGGCUCCGCUAUGGUACCUCGCCAUGGCCGUCGCUCACGUCCCGUGCUUCUCUGCGUAUUGGCUGGUUGUCAAGGCGAAGCGCACUUACUUCCCAAGGAUGUUCCCACAGGCUUACGUGAGGACAAGUUAGAGCCUCUAUCUAGUCAUGGACAUACUCCUAGUAGGGUGUAUGUGUAGCGUGUAUGUGUAGCUAUAGAUAGCCAUUAUUUCUGCACUUGAUAGCUCCAAGUGCGUUCUUGUAUAGUCCUGUAGAUCAACAGUCCCUUCUAAAUGUGGCCGGAUUCUGAGGCACAUCGGGAUUAAUACUUUGAUCAGUGAAAUGAAAUACAGAGAGGAGAUUGUUAA